AUUAUAAUUUACUUUCAAGUAUAUUAUUCUUAAGUCAUAAAAAUAAAAAUUAUAAAAUUCACAUCAAUAAUAUAAAAACUUUUUUUUUAAUAAACACAUUGGCUGAAUGACAAAAUCCGAAUCACAUUUUUCGUAUAAAAAACGGGCGCCAUAUUUUUAUAAAACCGCGGGAAACGAAAUCUCUUCCUGAAUUCGUAAAUAAAUAUUUUUAUAUAAGAAAAAUAAUAAUCAUACUAAUGUCUAGUUAUUUUGAAGGCGAUCUGUUAAGUUCUAUGAUAUUAAGUCAAUACGACGACAAUUUCGCACAGAAUUUACUAUUGGACUAUAAUCGCAACGAAGAUGACGUGAAUAUAAGUACGGACGAUUAUAUGGGGGAGUCAUUUUAUGAUACCGUUCAAUGCAAAUUCGAUACGUCAAUUAAUAUGGUUAACAGAUUUAAUAUAGAGAAUUUAGAGCAUUCACAAGACAGUAACAAUAAAAAGCUGACAAAUAAUCCAAAUGCGUUAUCUGAUAUAAUUAAUAAUAAUUUCGUACAAACCCCCGAUUUUAAUUCAACUGACUGUGAUUGUGAAAAUCUUUUGAUAUCAGACAAUAAGUGUGUUAAUGAAAAGUCUUAUAAUCGUUCGCAAAACACGACAUUAAAUACAGAGGUAUUAUUGGACGGUAUAAUAUCAACAAGCGUUAAUAUACUAAAUGGGGAUGUGCCACUGUCUCAGGACGUAACCAAAGAAUUAACUCAAAUCAACCAGGAACCACAUACAAUUUUAUCCCGCGCCAUCUCCAUAGCAUCUGUAGCAUCACUCAAAACUUACAAAGACCUCGACAUGAAAAGCUGUGAUAAUUUUCUAAUACAUACAAAUGAUUUUAUAAAUCAUAUUAAUAGUUCGACACACAAAAUACCCGUGAAUGAAGAUUAUAUACAUAUGUUUAAAACCAACGAACCGGUUCGGGUUAAAAGUUUUGUACCGAUGUCGACACAGUAUGGUGAUAUAGGUUUAAAUAAGUUUUACUCGGACUAUGUGAAGGAAUCUGGUCAUACCGCUGACUGUAAUGACAACAGCAUUAUAACCAAAAUAAUACAGAUGUAUCCCACAGAUAAUAGAAUAUUCGUACGCAUUAAUAUUAAAUAAUAUAAAAUUAUUAAAUUUCUAGAAUUAAUUUGAUGUAAGCGAUGAAAUUAUCUAUAAGUCCAAAUGGUUUUUCACUUUGUGUUCUAAUAAAUAUUAUAUAUAAUAGCAGUUUUUUAUUUUUUUUAUUACAUAUAAUAUUAAUAAUACUCACAAUGGUUUAUG